AUUAGGACAGGCAGCCGGUGAGAGUGCGCGAGGACACCGGGACAGCGGAUUCAUCAUCGGUCGUUGGUCGUGUGAGCCGCUGAAGUUCUCCGUUAAGAUGUUUCUAAAGAGUCCUUACCGAGAAUACCGGAGCUAACGGCAAUUAAAACCCCAACCGGUGGAUGUAACGUAAACAAGUUUCCCCUCGGACCGUCGUUUCUGUGCUGCCGGUGGAGAUUUAAGCGUCGUGAGGGACAGGUGUCUCGACUCCCCCCUUCUCCAUCCUCUCCGCUUCACACCAGUGAAGCCCCCGGGGCUCGGAGUCUUUUCCCCCCGUGUUGUUUCUCUUUUUCUUUUCAGUUGGAAGCUGGACUUUUCUGAACCAUGUUGUGGACAAGGUGGCUCAUCCUGCUGCUCUGCUGGGGGACCACAAGCAGCCAGCAGCAGGCGGAUCAGGGGGACGGGGCCCCGGCAGCGGUCCAACCAGGCUCCCACAGACAGCGGUCUCCUCCACCUGUGGAGCCGCUGGAUUUUGGAUUUGUACCGUCGGCGGUUUAUGAUACUCACGCCUACUACGAACCAGGACCAGUGGGGAUCCUCUUCCAUAUGGUUCAUGCUUUUCUCUACGUUGUUCAACCGAACUCCUUCCCCAAAGAUCUGAUUGUAAAAGUUAUACAACAAAACAUGGGAGGAAUUAAAAUAGAAGAAUGGAGAAAGCCAGACAACGUGGUGUUGCUGCUGCAGUGGAUCUACUAUGAGUCCGGGUUCCUCAUCUGUGGGGGCAUUGGCGUUCUCUUUGUGGUCCUGCUUCCCAUCAUAGGCCUGUGUUUCUGUGUGUGUCGGUGCUGUGAGAACUGUGGAGGUGAAAUGCACCAGAGACAGAGGAAGAAUGCAGACUGUCAGAGAGGUUUCUACACUGCAUCACUCAUAGCCACCACCAUCUUCAUCAUUCUUGGAGUACUCAUCGCCUAUGCUGCAAACCAUAACGUCACCACCAAGAUAAAGAACACUCGGCGGUUCAUCAACACAAACAUUAGAGACUUGAAGACAUUUGCUAACAACACUCCUGCACAAAUUGAAUACCUGACAGCCCAGUACACAACAGCAAAACACAAAGUCCUAUCAGACCUCGACAACAUCGGGCCUUUGUUGGGUGGGAGGAUCCACAGUCAGCUGGAGAAAGAGGUUGUUCCCUCACUGGACACUGCACUGCGUAUGGCAGGAGCCAUGCGUGAGACCAAAGAGGCCCUGGAGAAUGUCAGCUCCUCCUUGGAGGUGCUUCAGGAAGAAACGGGGAAACUCCGGGCCAGUCUGUCGGGGGAGCGGGCCUCUCUCUCAAACACCCUGUCAGACCCCGCCUGCACUAAUGGAGCUGUAUCUCAUACCUGUAACACCAUCCGCUCCACGCUGUCCCAGCUGGGAAUCAAUGCAGAUUUCUCCAAGCUUUCAGAUGUCAAUCAUGCCUUGGCUAAUGUCAAUUUAAUCCUUAAAACAGACCUCAGCAACAUUGUACAAAAGGGUUACUCAUCCUUCAAUGAUACGCCAAGACUGGUUAAAGAACAAACUAAAAACAUUGUCACAGCUCUACCUCGUGUGAAAAACAUGCUGGAUAAGAUCGGCACAGAGAUUAACGGCUUCUCCAAGAUGUUUCCAGUGGAAGCCUCUCUGGUCAAUUUCACCAUUUUCCUAACUGAUGGGCAGAAAAACAUUGAGUCCUAUUACCCACAGAUUGACCAAAUGGAUUUCUACAGGUGGAUUGGCGGUGUGGCAGUGCUCUGUAUGGUCAUCCUGGUCGUUGCAUUCAACUUCCUGGGGCUGCUUUGUGGCACCUGUGGCUACGACAAGCAAGCUACACCAACAACGAGAGGCUGCCUUUCAAACACCGGCGGCAACCUGCUAAUGGCUGGAGUGGGCUUCUCUUUCAUCUUUGCCUGGGUCCUGAUGGGCAUGGUGUCCACCUUGUUUGUCGUCAGUGGUAAUGUGGAGAAGCUGAUUUGUGAACCUCUAGCAAACCGACAGCUAUUCCAGAUCAUAGACACACCGUACUUGGUUCAUCCUGCAAAGAAGAACUUUCUCCCUGGGAUGCUGUUUCAGAAUCCGAACAUUGACUUGACUUUGGGAAGCAUGUACAGGGACUGCUACGACAACAACGGUCUCUACCACGCUCUGCAGCUGGAGACGAUGUUCAACAUCAACUCUUUCCUCAACAGAACUGUGUACAACAGGGAUCUGGCCAAUGUGUUUCAAAGCGUUAAGGUUGACCUGCAGGACAUUACACUGCUGGAGCAAGCUGGGAGAGACAGCCUCCUGAACUUUGCCAACUCUGGGAUUGGACAAAUUGAUUAUGAUGCCUACCUGGCUGAGGUAAAUAAGGGAAUCACUCUGGUGGAUCUGUUGUCCUUCUCUACCAACCUGGAGGCUCAGGCUGACCAGCUGCCACGUGGUGCUCUGGAAAACGCACUGAAAGGACAUGCCAGCAGUAUCAGACAGAUUCACAGAGAACAAGUGGUUCCAAUGGAGCAAGCAAUGAGUACUAUGAGUCAGAGUAUCAAGCAGCUGCAGAGGACAUCCAAUGACCUACCGGUCAAGGUCACAAAUAUCCUGAGUGCCAUUGAUGCUGCAGAGUACCUCAUCACUCACAAUGCCUCCCAUGUGGUAAAACAGGAGACAAAAGGCUACACAGAGAGCUUAGUGGGAUACUUCAAACAGUACACAGCAUGGGUCAGAAACUCGUUGACUUCAGAGGUGGCUCAGUGCAAACCCAUCAGUAACAUUUUUGACAGUAUGGAGAUCGUAGGAUGCGGCUUCAUAGUCGAUUCAGUGAACACAUUCUGGUUUGGUCUGGGAGGCUGCUGCAUCCUUCUUCUUCCCAGUAUCAUCUUCUCUGUCAAACUGGCCAAGUAUUACAGAAGAAUGGACACAGAGGACGUCUUUGAAGAUAUGGGUAAUACAGGUAAUCAUGGUGAACAAGUGUGUGAAAUCCAUGGAGACCUCGCUGUGCUCAGUACAUUUAGCUCCCCCUAUCAUGACACUCUGACCCGGUUCCCUCGGGCUUCUGCUCCCCCAAGCUAUGCGGACUGGUGACCCAAAGGAACUCGUCGAUGAGUGGACAAGAGACCUGGAACUGAUGUUCCCCUCUUGAAUCACUGGACUUUCCAGCCUUCAUAGUCAGGGGAGAUCAGCAACAAUCAGGAACUGUGUGGUGAGGGCGUCCCACUCUCAGUACCCCUUCAAGCCAUUUGACAAGGACCUCCAAUGCCAGCCAACUGUAAUAUAUCAUGUGUUCUCUCUACCCACCUGUAUCAAGCCCAGCAUUACCACAGCAGUCCUCUUAGUGCGCUCCUCCUGCUGUAAAAUAUCCUCUAUCAGAGCAAUGUACCUGAAUAGCUAGUUUUUAUUUGUAGAUAAGACAUUUGUUUCUACUUAUAUUAUGAGUUUUAACAUGGUGACAUAAGUGUAAAUUUUUUUACAGCUUUCAAAACUUUUGAAAGUUUUAUAUAUUUUUGUUAAUGUUUGUUUUUUAACAUGUACGUAGUUUUUGUAGUGUUAGCUCUUCUUUGUGAAUAUUUUUACUUUAGAUGAAAUCAUUUUGGCUCAACAGGUUACAUUCAUCAGGGAAUUCAGGGAUUGCUGAACAGUUUGGUAAAUACUCUCAUUUGCUUUCUUGCCAAGAGCUUGAUGAGAAGAUGCACCUCUCUUAUCUUUUAAUCUAAUGUAAGUAGCUUUGUUUUACAUAAAGAUAACAUCAAAACCUUUGAGUCUGUAGCAGAAUAACAGAGUUUCUGACUUGAUACUAUCAUCAGCGAGCUAACAGGCUCACAAUAACAAUGCUGAGCAUAAAAUGACUGUUAACCAUGUGCAACACAUUUGCUUAAUUAACAGAGUGCAGCUUGAUCUUGCUAUUUCAAAGUUGCCUACUCCAGCUUUAAUGAAAUAAGAUGUUCUUUUAAGGUGCUUCUGUCAGUAGUUUGUUGCCUUUGGUCAGGGGCCAGGACUAGGCUCAUUAUUUUUCCAUUUCCUGUCAAUGUGCUAUGCAUGCUAAGCUAUACGCCUCUUGGCUGUUCCUUCAUGGGUAGCAUACAGACGUGAGAGUGCGAGCCAUCUUCUCGGCUAACUCUCAGCACAAUCCAAAAAAGAGUAUUUCCCAAAGUGUGGCAUUUUGACUUCACACACUAGAGAGGGAACAGUGGCAAUUCAAUUUGGCUUCUACUUGACUAACUUAUUUAAAUAUUUUGAGGAAUGAAGAGGUAAGGGAAAACAUUAUCCUUCUUAACUUGUUACUGCAAAACUAUAACAACUCAACACAUACACACAUGAGCAUCACACACACACACACACACACACACACACACACACACACACACACACACACACACACACACACAUAUCCUUACAAUAUUUAAAGACAGCUAACAAACAACAUAUUGUGUCUUAGGCAUCUCUUGCCAGAACACUAGUGAUGGGCUAGUUGCUUAUGUUGUCAGAGGGUUUUUUGUUUUUCUUCACCAUUCUGUGGUUUGGGAAAUGAAACUCCCAGAAGCCUCUAUGGUGUCAGGGACCUGUUUGUGGACCUAAAAAGUGACUGAACAGCUGGAGUUUGUGGCAAGGGCGCAAAUCUGUGAAUAAAAACUUAAGUCAA